AAAAAAAAAAAAAAAUGGCAGAUAAAGGGACUGUAAAACCUGUGGCGACGGAGGUCAAAACCACCGCUGCUCAGCCAAAGAGACCUCUGCGAUCUCUAAGAGAAAAGAUCUUAAGGAAAAGCGAACGAACGGGGCAGUCGUCGCCCUCGGCAAGUCCUGCCACAGAAAUGCCAGACACCGCAGCCACAGCCUCACACACGAUAGCCAGCAGCGCUUCCCCCGGAAAGCAAUCAGCCUCGCCGAAUCCCGGUGCCCGACGAGACCGGGAAGGAACUCCCACAAGUCAAUUACACACCGACGAGGGAUCCCCCUUCUCCGACUCGCCUGGUUCGGAGAGAUGCAGGCAGAGCAUUAUUAGGUACUCCGGGAGGGGCUGGGGCGUCGAAAUGGACCUGGCCACCAAAGAGGCAAACCAGAGGCUGCUUGAAGGCAAAGAGGCCAUAGAAGCAGCGUGUAAUAUGAAAAAAGACUGCAAGCAAACGGCACUCGAGAGUUUGCAGUCUCUUUACGAAAUAGUUUUGGCACUCUCGGACUCUAGAUCAAGGCACAAACUAAACCUGGAGAAAGAACGUUUAAGGCAUUCAUAA